AUGCGAGAGAAAGUCACCAGCCCCCCAAAGUUGACAGCAGAUGAUGCUGUCUACGAGCAUCUAUGCGGAGACAUCCGCAGCCGAACCAAGGAGGAGCCUGAUCUCACGGCAAUACCAAAGAGUAAAGAGCUGGAAAGACUCAUGGAAGCCUACGUCUCCUGUUUUCACUGCCACUUUCCCAUCAUCCACAUCGCAUCUCUGGAUCUGUCGACUGCUCCGGGACCUCUCAUACUGUCGAUAUGCGCCAUCGGUGCCCUAUACAGGCUUGACCGGCGACGCGCGGUGCAGCUCCACAACAUCGCCAGCUCCUCUCUCCACCGCUCCGUCUCCAGCCAGCCAUCCAGCUUCUCCAGUCCGGCUUCGGCGCGGCCGCUCUGGGUUGUCCAGAGCUGCCUCUUAUUGUCCAUGUACGCCGCAUUCAGCGGGCAGUCAGCUGCAGUCCUAUCCACGGUGGAGAAGAUGGGCUUCUUCAAGAUCGAGUUCCAGCUCAAGCGGACUGCGCUACAGAAAUCCGCACUGGAGCAGUCCAGCCCCUGCUGGGACGAAUGGAUCCGGCGAGAAUCGUCGAAGCGCCUCCUCUGCGGCAUCUUCAUCAUGACCAACCUGUUCUCCGUCACGUACGGCACGACGCCCCUCUUCUCCAUCGAGCAGGACCUCACCUUCGAAACGCCCAGCGAAGAGAAGCUCUGGGACGCGCGCACCGCCGAGCUAUGGGAAGACGCCCGCGCAUCCCGCCAUGCCGCCUCCGCACCAACAACCCUACGGGAAGCCAUUGUCGCCACCUUCUUCAACCAGCCUCCCGACUCCGGCCCUGCACCGCCACCCCAAAUCUCAGGCUUCACAGCCCUGCUCAUCACGCACGCCGCCAACGUCCACAUGUGGAGCAUCAUCCAAUUCUCCGCGUCCUUCCCUGCGCCGCUCUCCCACUCCAUCCUCACCACAACCUUCGCCUCGCUCGUCCGGUGGCACACAGCCCUCGGCCACGACAGCGUCGAGACGCCCGAGGCCGCGUACUACAACAACGCGUCCAGCAUCCCGCUCGUCUUCAACUGCCACGCGCUGCUGCGCAUCGCGUACGUGCGGCUCUUCGGCAACAGCUGCGCAUUCCCCAAGAUGAUCCUGCUCGCGUCCGACGACGGCGAGAUCGCGGCUGCCAUGGCAAACUACGUCGCGGCGCCGCAGCCGCGCAACGCGUUCCUGACGAAGUCGAUUGCGAAGGCGUAUGAGGGGUUCAUUACCCCCGUCAGGCUGGGCCAUUUGUUGAUUAAGAAGACGGCGGCGCUGAGCUGGAGCGUCGAGCACGCGGUGGCGGCGUGGGAUAGCGUGUUGUUCGUGUCGAAGUGGGUGCAUGCGGUGCAGAUGGAGGGCGGUGCGGCGGAUGGGGAGGAGGAGCGGAUUGUGGCGCAGUUGGAGGGGUUGUUGGAGGAGAUGGAGUAUGGGUAUGAUGGGGUGGGGUCGUUGGCGGCGGCGGUGACGAGGGCGUGGGCGGGGUUUUUGACGGAUACGUGGGUUUGGGGUGUGACGCCGCGGAUGGGCUACAUCCUGAUGCAGCUCGCUACUGCGUACGACAACGCGUACCAAGCAGCCCUUUCAUGA